AUGACUUCGAGUGAGGACGGGAAGAAAGUCGCGAGGAGGGAGGGCCAUCUUGAGAGGACGGCGGAUGAACCCAGAGAUGCGGAUCUUCAUGAAGUGCAAUUGGAGAGGAUUGAGCAGGUCAAUGAGAGGGUGAGACUGUUUCGACUGCGUCUUCUGUCGGGGCCGGUAAAGUUUUUGCCUGGCCAGUGGCUGGAUACGUACAUCCCCGGCGUCCCGAAAGCAGGCGGCUUCACCAUAACAUCUGCCCCUUCUUCUUCUUCUUCCUCUUCUUCCGAGUCGCCGUAUUUCGAGCUCGCGGUGCAGGAAUCGCCUGAGAAUGAGCCCGCGGCGUGGCUGUGGCGGCCUGUCGGAGAGAUUUUGGGGGAGAGGCUGAGGGUUCGCGUUGGGGGACGAUUUGUGUUUCCUCCCCUUGCUCCCUUGGCCAAGAAAAAUGAUGCUUCUGACGGGCUGAAAAGGGUUGUUUUUGUAGCUGGUGGCGUGGGCGUGAAUCCCCUCGUCAGCAUGUUGAGCUACAUCGCCGACAACGAGCAAACGACGCCCUUCGUUGACGACGUGGUUUUUCUCUAUGCGAGCAAAGUCCCUCGGAGCGGGAACUUCUCUGAUAUUCUCUUCCUGGAUAGGAUCACGCGCUUCUUUGGCGAGGGGAAAGUGAAAGGAAGAGUGAAGCUGGGUAUUGGUACGGAUUCUGCUGGGGCGAUGAGAGACAUGAAUGGGACGAGGGUGGAGGUGCAGAGGAGGCGGAUUACGAGUGCAGAUGUGGCGGAGGCUGUUGGGGAUGGGCGGGAUCCAGGGACGGUGGUGUAUGUUUGUGGACCGAGGGUGAUGACGGAUGAGCUUGUUGAGAGGUUGGCGAAAUUUGUCGAUCCGAGGCGUGUCUUGACGGAGAAGUGGUGGUGA